UUUCCUGCUGGAAUUUCUUAAGGAAUUUCUCCUGAGAUUCCUCCAAGAAUGCAGGAACCCCAGGGAUUAAUCCAAUAAUUCCUCUAGAGAUUCCUCUAGAAAUUUUUCUAUUGGUUCAUCCAGAAAUUUCUCCAGAGAAUAGUCCAGGAAUUCCCCCAGGCAUUCCUCCAGGAAUUCCUCCAGGCAUUUAUCCAUGAUUUUAUCAAGCAAUUGCUUCAGGGACCCCUCCACGAGUUCCUCCAAGAAUUCUUCCAUAAAUUUUCCGGAAAUUGAUCCAGAAAUUUGACCAGAAAACCUCCAGGGAUUCCUUUAAAAAAUCUUCCAGGAAUUCCUCCAGAAAUUUCUUCAGGGAUUCCUCCAGGGAUUCAUAAAGGAAUUCAUCCAGGAAUUUCUCCUCCAUGGAUUCUUCCAGGAAUUCUUCCUGGGAUUCCUCUAGAUAUUCCUUCAGAGAUUUCACCUAGGAAUCCUCUAGGGAUGCCUCUGAGAAUUCCUUGAGGCAUCCUUUCAGGCAUUCCUCCAGAUAUUCCUCCAAAGAUUCCUUCAGGAAUGGCUUCAGGGAUUUUUCAAGGAAGUCUUCCCGGAAUUUAUUCAGUAAUUUCACCCAGGAUUCUUCCAGUAAUUCCUUCAGAGAUUCAUCCAGUAAUUGCUUCAUGGAUUCCUCUAGGUAUUUUUCCAGGCAUUUCUUCGGGAGUGUCUUAAGGAGUUCUUGCAGGAGAACCUCCAGGAUUUUUCCAGGUAUAUCACCUGGAAUUACUCCAGAAAUCUAAAUUCCCAAGUAACAUUUAUUAGUCAAGUAAACUAGAAGAGGUUGUUCGCGCAAAGGUAGGACCCAUUUACCGUUGUGAUACUACGGGGAGUAAUUAAUUAGGUGGAGUAUGCGACACCUUGCCAUUGCAAUGGUCAAGUAGGGACUGAUUUAUUUAUUCUUAUCAUACACAUACAAAUACAGUUAAUAUCCAGACAUAUACACAUAUGCACAAACAUACUCCCCCAAAACGAACAGUUUUUAAUUACAGUAAGAAAUUAUCGUCAGAAUCUACUUUACAAGAGAACAAAAUCACAAAAUUGAAUGCUACCCAGCUAACAUUUUGGUCUGUAUAAUUUGUGUAAUACACUACUAUAUAAGAACCUAUUCAGUCGUAUAAACUGCACAAAACUGCUAUAUACGUACCAAAGUGGAGGCGAUAUACAUACUUCUGGCGAUAUUUCACGAUUUCUCAUAAACAAUAUUACGAUGCCCCAACAAUCGAGCGAAAGAAAGAAAAUACGACUUCCAAUGAUUAGUAAUACGAUGUCCACAACAUGAACAAAAAAAUAUGCAAACACCCAGCCUCGAACACGGCAUCUCGAGAUUGUGAGUCUAGACUCAUACCAGUGUACUAACAGCUCAAUCUUGAAUAAGGCAUAAAUUUUGACCAAUAUAAACUUGAGUCUUCCAACCUACAUGUAAAACUUGCCUUUGCUUUCAUACAUGAAGGUUGAUAUGAAGACUAGGUUGUAAUUUUUCAUAAGUCAUUGCGAUUCCUUUCGUCAUGUUGCUAUACUGAUAUAUGAUAUACCAAAAUAUGAACUGUCAACAUAUACAACUCGUGGCGAGUUUGAAUUGCGGUAAUUACGGCAUGUUUUGUUUACAACAGAAGUCCUGCAUCGAGUGUACAUGCCGCCGUUGCGUUGUCGUCGUCCGUCGUCGUCGCCGUCCGUCGUCGGUGGUGUCGUCCAUCGUCGUCGUCGCGGAAAAUGUUCAAUGUCCAUGGGGGAAUUAUUGUGCGUCCUUAUUCGGUAACGAAGAACAUCCCAAGGACUGCCCGAAUAUAAUUGAUAGAACGUUUCCAGUGUACCAAAACAUAAUCAGCAAGUGGCGAUUGGUGGCGGUGUGCUGAGUGAAGUAAGUGAGAUGAUUAUUACACCCAAUCACCUCGUCGCAGUGCCAAAUUUCAUGCAGGACGACUUUCUGAAUAUUAUGUUGAAUAUUGUGAGUAGAACUUGCAAGGAUCUGGGUAAGAAUAUUGGAUUUAAGUACAUCACAAUCUCAGAAUGACAGUGACUACAGUGUGUUGGUUGCUCACCGGGGAGAGCUGAUGUGAUAAGAUUUGGUGGAAUGAGAAAUUGAACAUCAUAUCUGUGACCAUGAAUUUGCAGUGAAUUAUAACCUAUCACCUUUAAAAUAAUUUGUGAACACAUCGUAAUGAUCUUUUUAUUUAUCAGUGUCGAUGCUCAGUUAAAAUUUUAUUACAUAAGUUGUUGCGAUUGCCAACCAAAGUUCACUAACAUAAUAUAUGACUUGUCAGCGUAUACAAACAGCAACGAUUUCAAUUAGCUUUAUUUACGGCUUGAUCUUAACACAACAAAGUUACUCGUAAAUAAAUCAAAACUAUGAUUUAUAUACAAUUGGAGUUGUCAUUCUUGUCACAAGAUUUAGCGGUUUUUACGAUUUCGAAUUCUGGCGGCAAGAAAUGCGAUUUCAAAUAUACUUUUUAAUACGAUGUGUGGUUUACUGGGUACUGUCAUAUCGCUGACCAUUCUUCUUUGUUUUCGAUUUCACCGCACAAUGAAUACACCGCUGGAGACCCAACUGUUCGAGUAUCGGCAUACGCACUUGCCAUUGAUGCUUUACCAGAUGGCUGCUGUGUUGCCCUCACCAUCGUAGCUGGAAGUGUAGCGAAGCUCUUACAGUUGGCACAUUAUAGAAGACCGUUGCGGAUAUCCAGCUGUCCCUCGAAAGUGAGCAUUUCUGCCUAGCCAGAUCCUGAGCCCACUGCUGCAGUACCGUGUGUGAGCUAAACCCGAAAAUGCUCUGCCGAAUAGCUACCGCUGCGCUGGGGCCACACUAUUGCAGCGGGAAGUGAUAUCGCGUGUCUCCUAUUGUGUUGAUAGCGAUCGUUGCUCCAUUGUGGCUCAAAAGACUCGUAGAAAAAUGUUGUAAUUUAGCAGAUUCUUAACACUAGCACCAGGUUCUUCUUCGAAUUCGGCUCGUCACGGCACCAAACAUGUUCGCGCAAGGGUAGGACCCAUUUACCGUUGUGAUACUACGGGGAGUAAUUAAUUAGGUGGAGUAUGCGACACCUUGCCAUUGCAAUGGUCAAGUAGGGACUGAUUUAUUUAUUCUUAUCAUACACAUACAAAUACAGUUAUUAUCCAGACAUAUACACAUGCACAAACAGAGGUUCUUUGAACCAUCCUAAAACCAAAAUAAAAUGUAUUAGGUUUAACGAUGGUUCUCAAAGCUUCUACAAGACUAUUUGAUCAUCAAAAUGUUACUUAGGUGGGCAUUCCCUCAGGAUUUCAUACAGGAAUUUCACCAGGGAUUCUUUCAAGACUUCCUCUAGGGAUUCCUUCAGGAAUUCCUCCAGGAAUCCCUCCGAAAAAUCUUCCAGGAAUUUAUCCAAGUUUUUCUUCAAGCAUUUCGCUAGGCAUUCUUCCAGGAACUCACCCACUGAUUCCUCGAGAAAUUGUUUCAGGGAUUCAUGCUAAAAGAUUUGAAAUUUGUCAAGUAAAAAAAAAUACAAAGAAAAUAAAUAAAAUCUCGCAAAACUCAUAUUAUAAAGAAAGCUUAAAUGUUCUACAAGUUUGUUGAAAAAUCAAUUUGAAAGAAAAAGAUGCCCAACGAUAAAUUUCCACAGGAGCAAUGAUAGAGUAUACACUCCCGUGCAAAAGUUUGGGGUCACCCCCUCGAAAACAUAAAAAUGUUUUUCGGUCAUAUCUCAGUCAUCUUUCAUUUAAUCCACUCGUUCUUAGACUCUACCAAAAGAUAAAGAGUUGGAUUUGUUUCGUAGGUACUUUUCACAAAUUUCAUAUGAAAUUUUUAGUAUAAAAAGUUUACCUAAACUUACAUGUUUUUCCUAAAUAUGUACGAAAAAUUGUUUUCCGUGUAAUUCAAAAUUGGGUCGUCCAAAUUUUGAAAUUAAAGUAGCAUUAAAACGCUAUUUCUAUCCUCUUUGAGAGCCAUCCAUUAGAUUUUAGCGAAAAAAAUCAUAACAUAAUUUAAAUUAUCGAGUUAGGUUUACAAGUCACCGUGCAAAAGUUUGGGGUCACCCCUUAGUAUGCUGCAUCGUGCAAAAGUUUGGGGUCACCUUUCAAAUGAAGUCUGAGUCGGAUUUUUAUUCAAAUCGUCAUUUUUUGGUGCAACUCCAAUUCCUUCCAUGAUAGUUGAAUGGCAAGACUCAUAAAUGGUUAUGAAAUGUUCAUAAACUAAGUUCUAGACUAAGUUAAGGUAGAAAAUGGUAUAUAAAAUCCACACUAAAUCAGCUAAGUUCGUUAUAUAAAGUGCGAAAGAGGAUAGAAGUGAGAUAAAAAUGACUAAUUCGUGAAUUCUACCCUAUGUAACUGUAAGUGUUAAAACCACAAAUACACAAUUUUCCCAAAAACCAUUACAUUGAAUGUCAUUUCUUCGAAUGUACUAUUACAUUCGAGAUUUAGUGUUUUGGUGCAAAGCAAAGGGAUAACCUUUUGAUGAAAAUGCCAUUUAAAUUAAAAUAUGUAACAUUCCUUAAACUUGUGGAUUUUGGGGUAAUGGUAUGUUUGUGGUUAUAACACUUACAACUGUUUUAGGGUACAAUUCGCGAAUCAGUCAUUUUUAUCUUACUUCCAUCCUCUUUGGCACUUUAUAUAACGUACUCAGCUGAUUUAGUAUGGAUUUUAUAUACCAUUUUCUACCUUAACUUAGUCGAGAACUUAAUUUAUGAACAUUUCAUAAUCAUUUCUGUGACUUGCCAUUCAACUAUCAAAGAAAGAAUUGAAGUUGCACCGAAAAGAAAUGACGAUUUGAACAAAAAUCCGACAUAGACUUCAUUUGGAAGGUGACCCCAAACUUUUGCACGAUGCAGCAUACUAAGGGGUGACCCCAAACUUUUGCACGGUGACUUGUAAACCUAACUCGAUAAUUUAAAUUAUGUUAUGAUUUUUUCCGCUAAAAUCUAGUAAAUGGCUCUCAAAGAGGAUAGAAAUAGGGUUCUAAUGCAACUUUAAUUUUAAAAUUUGGUCGACCCAAUUUUGAAUUACACGCAAAACAAUUUUACGUACAGAUUUAGGAAAUACAUGUAAGUUUAGGUUAACUUUUUAUACUAAAAAUUUCAUAUGAAAUUUGUGAAAAGUACCUACGAAUCAAAUCCAACUCCUUAUGUUUCGAUAGAGUCUGAGAACGACUGGAUUAAAUGAAAGAUGACUGAGAUAUGACCGAAAAACAUUUCCAUGUUUUUGAGGGGGUGACCCCAAACUUUUGCACGGGAGUGUAGGCAACCGCCCAACCUUCAUGGUAUCUGCUAGAGAGGAAGUGUUAGACAUAACGCUUUGCUCUAGUAGAAUUAGUCACGAGUUGACCAAUUGGCAUGUGUCAGAUGAAGAAUCUUUAUCUGACCAUCGCUACAUCUUGUUUGAACAUGUGAAUGUUACUUCGCAAACUUUGCGUUUCAGGAACCCCCGGUCAACCAACUGGGAUCUCUUUACCGAUUUGGUUGCAGCCAAAUUUCAUGGGUAUUCACCAUCAAUUGACACUCCAAGUGAUUUAGAUGAUGCCGAUGAUACUACAACGGCCUUCAUCAUGGAAGCUUUUGAAGAAGCUUGCCCUUUGCGGUCUAUGAAGACCACAAGAGGAACCCCUUGGUGGAACUCUGAUCUGGCGAAGUUCAGGAAACAAUGUAGAAAGAGUUGGAACAGACGACGUUCAGCUGAAUCGGAGGCUUUCAGGUCGGCUCGCAAGGCCUACCAGAAAGCUCUUCGGUCUGCUGAACGAUCCGGCUGGAAAAACCUGACGUCUGGCACUUAAUAGCUUUGCUCAUUUCAAAUCUCCUGGGGCAGAUGGGAUUUAUCCUAUUUUGCUUCAUGAAGGGAUUUGAUCAUUUCAAACAUGUUUUGAAAGAACUACUUGUUUGCAGUUUUGCUACAGGGUAUAUUCCCAAAUCCUGGCGGGAUAUUACUGUGAAGUUUAUUCCGAAAGUGGGUCGUGCGCCGUAUGAAGAAGCAAAGAGCUUCAGACCUAUCAGUUUGACCUCUUUUCUUCUGAAAUGAUUAGAACGCAUUGUUGAUCAUCACAUCCGUGAUGUUCAUCUGGCCAAUGUACCUCUUCAUGUGAACCAACAUGCUUACCAAUCUGAAAAGUCCACUGUGACUCUUUUACACAAAGUUGUUUAUGAUAUCGAGAAGACAUUCGCUCAAAAGCAAUCCUGCUUUGGUGUUUUCUUAGAUUUCGAGGGUGCUUUGACAACGUGCCUUUCGAUGCCAUAUUGGAAGCCGCACGGAGUCAAGGUAUAUCUCCCAAUGAUUUCCAAUUGGAUUCACCAAAUGCUCCAAAACCGACAUCUCUUCUCAACAUUGCGUCAAGCGGCGAUUAGGAAAUUGAGUGUUUGUGGAUGCUCCCAAGGGGGAGUCCUAUCAUCACUUUUGCGGAAUCUCGUAGCAGGUACGCUAUUGAGGCAACUCAAUAAUAGCGGUUUUCCUACUUAUGGUUUUGCCAACGACUACCUACCUAACAUUGUUAGUCGGUAUGUGCAUCAGCACUCUUUUCGACCUGAUGCAAAACGCUUCAGGUAGUUUAGGGUUGGUGUCGCCAAUAUGGCCUUUCGGUAAAUCCGAGUAAAACAUCUAUUUUUCUUUUCACGGAAAACCGAAACCGUAAUGGUGUUCGACCUUUACGUCUCUUUGAUUCUGAAAUCAAUGUGACUGAACAGGUAAAGUACGUUGGAGUCAUUCUUGAUUCCAAGCUUUCCUGGACACCUCAUGUUGAGUUCAGAAUCAAGAAAGCUUCUAUGGCCUUCGGGCAAUGCCGGCGAACCUUUGGUACGUACAACUUGGGGUCUCAAACCCAAGUGUAUCAAAUGGAUUUACACAACUGUUGUUCGUCCAAUAUUGGCUUAUGGAUGUCUUCGAAAUGAGAACGGUCCAAUCAAAAUUAGGCCAUCUCCAAAGGAUGUGCUUAAUAGCGAUGUCUGGAGCGUUCUCAUCAACUCCUGCGGCUGCGCUCGAAGUUCUCUUUGACGUUGCCCCAUGACACAUUCAUCUCAAACAAGAAGCACUUUCUUACACUUGCCGUUUACGAGUACUCGGUCUACAAGAAGUAAUUCCUGUGAACCGCUCAUCAACACACUCCUCGUUGUUUCCACUUAUGGUGAAUUGGGACAAAGUGGUCCUUGCUCAAAAGUGAUCUUACAAUUGCUUGUAAUUUUCCGUGUAGGAUAUUUCCAUCGAAAUUCCCUUCCCGGGAAGGGUGGACGUCUUGUUAUCAAGAAGUAUUUCAGGCGACAUCGUAUGUUACACUGAUGGCUCUCUUCUGAACGGGCGAGCAGGUGCUGGUGUUUAUUCUCGUGAGCUAAGGCUGUAUCAGUCUUACUCACUUCGUAGACACUGCACCGUUUUUCAGGCUGAAAUUUUUGCUCUUAUGUGCGGAGUGCAAUCAGCACUUCAGUAGCACGUAAUGGGCAAAGUAAUAUACUUCUGUUCAGUUAUCCAGGCUGCUAUUAAAGCACUUGCUUCGAUCAACUUCAGGUCGAAGAUAGUUAUCGCUUGUCGAACUCAAAUCGAGGAGCUGAAUUCAGCAAACGCUGUUCACCUUGUAUGGGUACCUGGCCAUUCUUCCAUCGCUGGAAAUGAAUUGGCUGAUGAGCUAGCUUGCACUGGAGCAUCACAUGGCUUCAUUGGUCCUGAGCCAGCUUUUCCGGUACCGAAGUGUUGGGCAAAGCUUCAGAUUCACACCCGGGCUGCCACUCAGCACAAACAAUACUGGAAUAGUUUGGAGUCAUGUCGUCAUACAAAAUUUUAUUGUACUGAGCCAUCUCUACGGGUGGCGAAGUAUCUAUCAAAUCUGUCUAAGCAUAAUUGCAGCAUGCUGGUUAAAGCACUGUCUGUAUUUGUAUGCUUGUUUGUAUGUUAUAACUGUGAAUCCGAUUAUGGAACUUCGUAUCAUUUGAUAUGUAACUUCCAGUUUUUUGCGCAACUGGUUCCCUAGUACUCAGUUAACACUUAUUAAGUGAAACUGACUUCAGAAACCUGAAUGUUCAGACUGUUCUGUUGUUCUCUACUCGCAGUGAUGAAGAUCUAUGAACUCUCUUAACGCUGUAUGCGUUAUUACAAUUCCCUUUUCAGUUUUGUUUAUACAAUGUUGAUGUUCUAUCAUAGCAGAGUUGCGCCACAGCUCCCGGGUUAACCGGUUCGUGUUGCGCUACUUUAUUAUCGUAUUUCUGACAACACUGCACCCGAGCGUUGCCGAUCAUGGAAAUCUUGUGGGCUCCAUGUAUAUGGUUUCCCACUAGCAGACCACUGAGGGAUCAGCUCGGUCUGUAGAAAGCGAAAGUGAUUGGGAUAGGUCAGUACUGUUUGGGUUUGCUUGAAGAGCAGAAGUAUAACUAGAAAGAAUAAAGAAGAUAGAUGUUCCGAACAAAAUUUGUUGUACUGUCUGUGGAAAAUAAAGUGCAUAGGAAAUAAGUAAUAGGUUGAGUUUUGUGGCCUGUUGAGGAAGCUCUUCUUCGUGGUUUCGUCCGUGUCUGUGGUGCUCGCCGUCAUCUUGUCCUGUGGAACCUGUAAAAAGGAAGAAAAUUAAUAAAAGUGACUUACCUGUGUGCUGCUACCUAAUUGCCAGUCGUCAACGUCGUCCUGUGGGUGGAAACGCUAAAAAAAGGACACAACGUAGGAAAUCACCCGUUUUUUUUUGUGGUAAGAACAACCAUAAAAUUGGUGCCGUGACCAGGAUCUCGGUCGGAAAACGUUCUAGAAGGUUCCUUUGGCACCCGCCAUUGCGUGGUCUAGAACAAUCCACCGCUGUGGUCGCGCCAUUACAUUCACCAUCCCUGAGACGACAACGGGGACGCUGUUCGUGUUGCUGCAAAUUGAAUUUGAUUCAAGGCUCGAUUUAUCGGGCGCAAGGUAAUUACCUGUCCGAUUUUCUUCCCAGGGUUUCACAGGUACCCUUUAGAUCGCUUGUUUCUUCCAUUCCAUGCACUUUUGGUCAUUCCUGGCAUUCUGGACACCCCGCUAACUACCCCUACGAGCCACGUGCAUCGCGCGGGCAAAUUGCGCCAUUACUGCCAGCCCCCACGGCGCCAUCUCUUCAAGCAACCGACGACCUGAUGAUUAAAUGUUAGUUGGAUCAUCACUGGCCCUUGUUACGUCACUCCGACUGUUACAUCUGGCCACUAACCCAGCCGUUUCGGGACUCUACGUGCUGGUGUACAUCUGGUAAGGCCCCCUACGGCUUUUUGUGGAUUUUACGGACCAUUUCUGACGCCGUACCGAACUGAAAAGGAGAUUUCGUUCAGCCCUCACGCCAUUUUGAGGAAGGCUUCGCCACCAACCAACAAUCAUCCACGGAUUUCCAUUCGCUUUUGAGGACGAUUCCUACCAGACACCUCGACGCCCUGGAACUAUUUCGGCGAUUUGGAUCACGAAUAGCGCGGACGGCGCUCGAGACUGUUCCGGUUAACGUUUUUUGAUAAUUCAAGGCACGCAAGAGUACCUUUCCAAGUGAUUAAAUUUACAAACGUCCGGACUACCGUGGUCUUUUUUCUGGACAGAUCUCGCCGACUACAACGAUCAAUUUGAGCUGUCGAGCCUCUACCAUGGCGGACUGCGAGGUGCUCAUCGCGAGGAGAGACACGCUGCUCGCUACUCUGGGUCGGGCAGAGGCUUUCGUCGCCAACUACGAUGCAGGACGGGACCAAGGACAAGUACCGCUCAGACUGAGCCACGUCGACAACAUCUGGUCUAACCUCGAAGCGGUGCAGGGCCAGCUUGAGGAUACGGAAAGGACAGCAGAAGGUAGGGCAUUGCAUGCUGAUGUUCGUGCUGGCUAUGAAACCCGGCUUUUCGCAAUAAAAGCAGACUUACUCUCUAAAAUGCCUCCCACUCAUAUGAACGCUCGCAAUCCUUGUUCCGCUCAAACUAACUCCGCUCUCUCUGGGAUCAAGCUUCCAACUAUUUCGCUUCCGGAAUUCGACGGCGAUUACCAGCACUGGCUCACUUUCCACGAUACGUUCGUCGCUUUGAUACAUUCGAACGCUGAACUGCCCGACAUCCAAAAAUUCCACUACUUAAGGGCAGCUGUAAAAGGAGAAGCUGCGCAGUCCAUCGAGUCGAUCGCGAUCAGUUCCGCUAAUUAUAACUUGGCUUGGGAUGCACUGAAAGGUCGUUACUCCAACGAGUAUUUAAUGAAGAAGCGCCACCUCCAGGCACUCUUCGAUGUUCCACGGAUGAAGAAGGAGUCCGCUACGACACUUCAUGGGUUGGUUGACGAGUUCGAACGGCAUGUGAAAGUCCUUCGGCAGCUUGGAGAACCUACCGAUUCGUGGAGCAGCCUUCUCGAACACCUGCUUUGCACGAGACUACACGACGACACACUCAAGGUGUGGGAGGACCAUGCGUCGACGGUGACAGAUCCAAACUACGACUGCCUGAUUGGGUUCCUGCAACGGAGAAUUCGGGUUUUGGAGUCGAUUUCUGUGAAUCACCAUGCACCAUCGGGUUCCGCUCCACCUACCGCGUCGUCGUCGAAGAAGCAAAUACCGAUGAUUCGUCUUUCGUCGUGCUCUUCCACUGCUAGCACAACGAAACGAUGUCCAGCUUGCAAUCAGCCACAUCCUUUGGGCAAAUGUUUCAAAUUUCAGCGUCUUCCGCUUUCUGAACGUCAGCAGAUUGUCAACGCGAAGCGCCUGUGUACUAACUGCUUGAAAUCCGAUCAUUCCAAUCGCAACUGUCCAUCGGAACUCACUUGCAGGUAUUGUAAUCGUCGGCACCAUAGUCUUCUUCACUACGCAGCCCCGGAUGCCAGCCGCAGGUCCUCAAACGACAGCGCAACGCUUCCCAUCACCACCUCGUCAACUCCGGUGAUCAAUCACUCGUUUUCUUCAGCAGAGCAUUCCGAACAGUCUCUGGUGAUCGCAACAGAUGGUCAGGUUCCAGUGGUUCAAACUAGCGUCCCUCGUCACCACGAAAAAGACAAUGUGUUUUUGCUCACCGUCAUCGUAAAUAUCGUCGACUCUUUCGGUCACGAACAUCCAGCGCGCGCUCUUUUGGACAGCGCCUCACAGCCAAAUCUUAUAACCGAGCGACUCGCCAGUAUGCUUCGUCUGCGGCGCAGCAACGUCAACAUUACGGUACAGGGUGCCGGUAAAUUGUCCAAGCCUGUGCGCCAGUCAGUCUACACCGAAAUUCGGUCGCAGAAUCAGCCAUUCUCGUGUGAUGUCAACUUCUUGGUGAUGGACAAAGUCACAGCAGACCUUCCAUCACAGAAUAUUUCUACGGCAGGGUGGAAUAUCCCGAAGGAACUGGUGCUGGCCGAUCCUUCGUUCAACAAGUCGCAGCCAAUUGACUUGGUACUCGGUGCGAGGCAUUUCUAUUCGUUCUUCCCCAGUGCUGCACGGUUACAGUUGGCUGCAAAUCUCCCAGUCCUCGUUGAUAGCGUUUUCGGCUGGAUAGUCGCUGGUUCUUCUACUCAAAUCCACCCAGACUCCACUUCCGGCACUUCUGCAUCCAGUUCCAUAACUAUUUCGAUGGUGUCACUCGAGGAAAGCAUUGAACGCUUCUGGAAAACUGAAGAAUUGGUCCUCAACGACGGUUACUCUGUGGAAGAACGGCACUGUGAGACAGUCUACCAGUCUUCGGUCGAGCGCAAUGACGAAGGCCGCUACAUCGUUCGAAUGCCUCGUCAACCUGAUUUCGACGUCAAGCUUGGAGCAUCAAAAGCCAAUGCGCUACGCCGUUUUCAGCUCUUGGAGAAGCGCCUUGAGCGGGAUGCAAAACUCAAGGAAGAUUACCACGCGUUUAUGCAGGAAUACCUCGACCUUGGCCACAUGCGCUUGGUAGGAACGCACGAAAAAGAACCUGCAGUAGCCUACUAUCUUCCGCACCACCCAGUCUUCAAAGAUUCCAGCACGACCACCAAAGUUCGAGUAGUUUUCGACGCUUCGGCAAAGACUUCGACAGGCUAUUCCCUAAACGAAGCACUUUCUGUGGGCCCGGUGGUACAGGAUGAUCUGCUGGACAUCAUGAUUCGCUUCCGAACCUUCAAGGUGGCCGUGGUAGGCGACAUUGCCAAAAUGUACAGGCAAGUUUUGCUGCAUCCGGACGACAGGUCGCUCGUUCGCAUCUUUUUUCGAUUCACUCCAAGUUCUCCAGUACAGGUUUACGAAUUGCUCACUGUUACAUACGGCUUGGCGCCUUCUUCCUACCUUGCAACACGCACAUUGAAACAGCUGGCGGAUGACGAAGGCGAGGCGUACCCCCUUGGCGGUCCUGCGUUGCGCAAGAGCUUUUACGUCGACGACUUCAUCGGAGGAGCACAAUCUGUUCAAGAGGCUAUUCGACUGCGAACGGAAAUGAGCGAGCUACUGGCCAAGGGAGGCUUCGAGCUGAGAAAAUGGACGUCCAAUGAGCUCGAUGUUCUGCAGGGCCUGAAAGACGACCAAAUUGGUACUCAGUCGUCCCUCGAAUUCAGCCCUAACGAAACCGUGAAAGCCUUAGGAAUCUGUUGGGAACCGGAAGCGGACACCUUGCGCUUCGACUCCAGUGUCGAUGAGAACAGCAAACCACCCACCAAGCGUUCCAUUUUGUCGGCCAUAUCACGUUUAUUUGAUCCACUUGGUCUCAUCGCACCGGUCGUCGUGAAAUCCAAGAUUUUGAUGCAGGAGCUCUGGCUGUUAUCUUGCGGAUGGGACGAUCCCGUUCCGGAACAGGUCCAGCAAAAGUGGGAGAACAUUCGCAGCGAACUUCCGAAAAUUUCCUCAUACCGUGUCGACCGCUAUGCACUCUUGCCAAACUCAACGAUCCAGCUACACACUUUCUCCGAUGCUUCAGAAUCGGCGUACGGUGCAUGCAUCUACGCCCGCUGCGAGAACGCGCAAGGUCAGACUCGUAUUUGCCUGCUGGCAUCCAAGUCGCGUGUGGCACCCCUAAAACGAGUUAGUCUUCCACGCUUGGAACUCUGCGCCGCUGUUUUAGGUGCCCAUCUUUACGAUCGGAUCAAGAAAGCUAUCGGCAUUGACAUUUCCACCUCGUUUUUCUGGUCCGACUCUGCCAUUACGCUGCAGUGGAUCCGUUCGCCUCCGAACACUUGGAAGACAUACGUCGGUAAUCGGGUUUCAGAGAUCCAACACUUCACCCAUGGCUGUAUCUGGAAUCACGUCGCUGGCUACGAAAAUCCUGCCGAUCUGGUGUCACGCGGAAUGACAGUAGCGGAAUUCGUCGGAAGCAAUCUCUGGCGCAGCGGACCCGAUUGGUUAGCCCGUCAAGCACAGUAUUGGCCAACAUGUGAAGCUCCAAACGUACCCGAAGAAGACCUUGAAAUUCGAACGGUUUCCGCAGCAGCAACUGCAACGUCACCCCCGAUCAACUCGUUGUUCCUACGAUGGUCCUCCUACACUCGCCUGCUCCACGUCGUCGCUCACUGUCAGCGUUUCGUUGCGAAUUGUCGUGCCAAAACUCGUACUCAACCAGAAUCAGACCAAGUUACCACUACCGUCAGCCUCUUUCCCCAACAGUUAGCUGAAGCCAAAACGACCCUAGUUCGCCUUGCGCAAAAUGACUCCUUUGUCACCGAAAUAAAAGCCCUUCAAGAUGGUCAAGUAGUUGGAAAGCGUUCUCCCCUUCGAAAGUUGAGCCCAUUCGUCGACCCAGAGAGAGUAUUGCGAGUGGGAGGCCGUCUAAGUCUGUCUAAAUUGCCCUACCAAAGCAAACAUCCUGCACUCCUUCCCAAAUCACACCCUUUCACGCGCCUUGUAGCUGAGCACUACCACAAGAAGCUUCUCCACGGCGGCGGGCGUGCUCUGCUGGCAGCAAUGCGCGAAGAAUUUUGGCCGAUCGACGGCCGCAGACUAGUGCGAAAUGUAGUUCGUGCUUGUUUCCGAUGCUAUCGUCUCAAUCCGGUGGCUGAACAGCAACAAAUCGGCCAGCUACCUGCUGCCCGAGUGAUUCCCAGUCGUCCAUUCAGCGUAGUAGGAGUUGAUUACGCUGGGCCAUUCUACCUGAAGGCCAUCCACAAACGAGCUGCUCCCACGAAAGCGUAUCUGUGCCUCUUCGUGUGCUUCGCAACGAAGGCGGUGCACCUAGAGUUAGUCAGCGAACUGUCCACGUCUGCUUUCCUGGCAACUCUUCGCAGGUUUAUCUCUCGCCGAGGCCGCCCCUCGGAUAUACAUUCGGACAAUGGGAAGAAUUUUGAAGGUGCUAGCAACGACAUCACCCAAUUGUAUGACAUGCUCGCUGAAGAAACAUUCCAAGCGGAAAUCGUAUCGACAUGUGCCGCCGAAGGAACUACUUGGCACUUCACACCUCCAAAAGCUCCUCACUUCGGCGGGCUAUGGGAGUCGGCCAUCAAGGUAGCGAAGAAGCAUCUGUAUCGACAGAUAGGCACGACGCGGCUCUCUUAUGAGGACAUGAGCACUGUUCUAGCACAGGUAGAAGCGAUAAUGAAUUCGCGGCCACUGCUUCCAAUGAACGAGGAUCCUGACGACUUGGCUGCAUUAACUCCAGGCCACUUCCUCGUCGGUACAUCGCUUCUCGCCCUGCCCGACCCAGACUUUCGCACCAUUCCGACAAGUCAGCUGGACCACUACUGGAAACUUCAGUCUCACAUCGGACGAUUUUGGCACCAUUGGCAGAAGGAAUACAUCCAGGAGCUGCAAAAGGACACCAAGGGUCAUUCGAGGAACGAGAAAUUUCUGCUGGGGCAACUUGUCAUCAUCGUCGACGAGCAACAGCCAACACUGCGCUGGCCUUUGGCUCGUAUAGUCGCCGUUCAUCCCGGGAACGACAACAUCACUCGGGUCGUUUCAUUGUUGACUGCGAAAGGUGUUAUCAAACGACCAAUUGCGAAAAUUUGCCUGCUUCCUUUCGUCGCAUCGGUUCCUGAUGACAGCGAUUCAACAUCCAACGAUGAACUUCAACUGGAGCCUGCUUUAGAUUAA